AUGAGUGGUAUGCCGCGUUAUUCUUCUCAUAAUUACAACAGUAAUUAUGGGUAUGGUAACAAUAUGAACAAUAGGUUUCCAAACAGUCACAGAUACAAUAAUAGUCAACAUGGGUUUAAGUCAAAUGGCUCAUUAGGAUCUAAGUUAUCUACCAUAGAUUGGUCAUCUCACAAUUUGGUUCCAUUUGAGAAAAAUUUUUACUCAGAACAUCCUGAAGUUGCAGCUUUAGGGUUUAGAGAUGUGGAAAACAUAAGAAAAGAGAAAGAAAUUACCAUCAUAUCCGGGGCUAAUGUUCCAAAACCUGUCACAAAAUUUGAAUAUACCUCCUUCCCAAAUUAUAUAUUAAGGGCCAUAGAGUCUGUAGGAUUUCAGGCUCCAACCCCUAUACAGGUGCAAGGAUGGCCAAUAGCGUUAUCUGGCCGUGACAUGAUAGGCAUUGCUGAAACAGGAUCGGGCAAGACACUUGCAUUCUUACUACCAGCCAUAGUACAUAUUAAUGCACAACACCUACUUCGUCCGGGUGAUGGACCUAUAGUUUUGGUGCUAGCUCCCACUAGAGAAUUGGUGGAACAGAUAAGGCAGCAAUGUCUUCAAUUCGGUUCAAGUUCAAAGAUAAAGAGCAGUGUAGCGUAUGGUGGUGUACCAAAGAGACCACAGAUUGUGGAGCUAAGAAAGGGUGUAGAAAUACUUUUGGCAUGCCCUGGAAGGCUGAUUGAUUUUUUGGAAUCGGAUGUAACAAAUCUAAGAAGGGUGACAUAUUUGGUCCUUGAUGAAGCUGAUCGCAUGUUAGAUAUGGGUUUUGAACCACAAAUUCGCAAAAUCGUGGGACAAAUUAGGCCCGAUCGCCAGACACUCAUGUGGUCUGCCACGUGGCCAAAGGAAGUCCAGUCGUUGGCCAGAGAUUUGUGCCGUGAGGAACCCGUGCACAUAAAUAUCGGUUCACUGGAUUUAACUGCCUGCCACAAUGUAUCGCAAGAGGUUAUUCUGUUGCAGGACUUUGAAAAGAGAAAUACGUUGAAAAAUUUACUUCCCAAGCUCAUGGAUGGAUCGAAAAUUUUGAUUUUUACAGAAACUAAAAAGGGAGCAGAUUCUUUGACACGCGAAUUGCGGUUAGACGGAUGGCCUGCCCUCAGCAUACAUGGAGAUAAAAAACAAGAAGAGAGAAACUGGGUUUUAAAUGAAUUCAAGCUCGGUAAACAUCCAAUUAUGAUUGCAACUGAUGUAGCAUCUAGAGGUUUAGACGUCCAUGAUGUAAAAUACGUCAUUAAUUACGACUUCCCAAACCAAAUUGAGGAUUAUGUUCAUCGCAUUGGUCGUACCGGUCGAGCCGGAACUAAAGGAGCAUCUUACACAUUUUUGACUCCAGACAAAAAUCGCAUAGCUAGGGAUUUAGUUAGGGUUUUGAGAGAAGCAAACCAACCAGUUAGUCCAGAAUUAUCCCGUUUAGCCUCCGAACGAAGUCACACCCAUAACGAACCUAGACGUUGGGGUGGUAACUAUAGCAGAUCAGGACGUAUGACAUCGUCAAAUGCUAUCCCGUUGGGUAGAAGAUACUAA